CCCUUCUUCCGCGUCUCCCCUGGAGGGUGGCUGCCCCGAUGCCUCCUGCCAGCGGCAGGCCCACAGUACCCGGGACUUAGGGCUGCUGCGUUCCCUGCAGCCGCCACCACCGGACUCCAUGCUCCUAGGAGCGUCUUGGUUGUGCGCUUCCAAAGCCGCUGCAGCCCAGAGCGAAGGAGAAGAGGAAAGGCAAGGCGAGAGGCGGCGGCGGCGAGCAGCGGCAGCAGCAGCAGCAGCGGCGGCGGGAGGAGGAGGAGAAGAGAUGGACGAGUCCUCCUUGCUGGAUUUGCUGGAGUGCUCGGUGUGCUUGGAACGUCUGGACACUACUGCCAAGGUGCUCCCGUGCCAACACACCUUCUGCCGCCGCUGUUUGGAGAGUAUUGUCUGCUCUCGCCACGAGCUGCGCUGCCCCGAGUGUCGCAUCCUGGUGGGCUGUGGGGUGGACGAACUGCCCGCCAACAUCCUGCUCGUCAGGCUUCUGGACGGCAUACGCCAGAGACCCCGGGGCAGCGGCGGGGGAGGUGGGAGCAGCAGCUGCAGCAGCAACGGGAAUAGCCCCACAGCCCGGGGGCAUGGUGCUACCCCAGCUGGAGGGGGUGGAAGCAAUGCCCUGGGGUCCCCAUCCUAUCACCCAGCCGCUGCCGCCGCGGCCGCCACCAUCUCCGGGGGCACCAGCGCCGCCGCCAGUCUGCGGGAGCUGGCUGCAGCGAGCAGGAGCGCCCUCCUGGGAAAGAAUAUUUCCCAACUUCCUUGUGGCAAAGCCCUCUAUAGCUAUGAGGGGAAAGAACCCGGUGAUCUCAAGUUUAACAAGGGAGACAUCAUCAUCCUGCGUCGAAAGGUGGAUGAGAACUGGUACCAUGGGGAGCUGAAUGGAAAUCAUGGCUUCUUCCCUGCCAGCUAUAUUCAGUGCAUCAAGCCCUUGCCACAAGCCCCGCCCCAGGGCAAAGCACUUUAUGACUUUGAGAUAAAGGAUAAAGAUCAGGACAAGGACUGUUUAACUUUCACCAAGGAUGAAAUCUUGACUGUAAUCAGGAGAGUCGAUGAUAACUGGGCAGAAGGAAUGCUGGGAGAUAAGAUUGGAAUUUUCCCUCUCCUCUACGUGGAGCUCAACGAAUCCGCCAAACAGCUUAUUGAGAUGGACAAGACAUGCUUAGCUGCUGCAUCUGGCUGUGAUGUCUCCCUGCCAUCUGACACCAGCAUGUCAGGCAGUCUGGCCCAGUGUUCUACCUUAAGCAGCUCGGGAGCAGUCAGUGCCAUUCAGCGGCGUAUCGAUGGCAAGAAGAAUGCCAAGAAACGCCACUCCUUCACUGCCCUCAGUAUGACGCACAAAUCCUCCCAGGCUAUGAGCAAUAGGCAUUCCAUGGAAAUUAGUGCUCCUGUUUUGAUCAGCUCUAGUGAUCCCCGGGCUGCUACCAGAAUUGGAGAGUUGACUCACCUUUCAUCCAGUGCUCCAGCCCAGGACUCUUCUUCAGCUGGAUCUGCUACAGUGGCUGGGCCCCGGACAAGUGCAGUUGUUGGAGAACAGGGAACAUCCCCAAAGGUCCAGCUGCCCCUCAAUAUAUACCUAGCACUUUAUGCAUACAAGCCCCAGAAGAAUGAUGAGCUGGAACUGCGCAAGGGGGAGAUGUACCGAGUCAUUGAGAAGUGUCAAGAUGGUUGGUUCAAGGGAACAUCCCUGAGAACGGGGAUCUCUGGAGUCUUCCCAGGAAACUAUGUGACUCCUGUCUCCAGGGUUCCUAUAGGAGGAGCUGGGCAGCCCCGCAAUAAUAUUCCUGGAGGGUCUCCACUGGCUAAAGGGAUGGCAGGAACUGCCCUUCCAGGAGGUGGGAGCCUGACCAACCCGGCCACUACCGUCAGACCCAUUGUUCCACUGACUGCACCUCCGACCCAUACCCAGCACCAGGCAGCUUCUCCACCAAUGAGCAAUUGUUUGAGGCAUUCAACUCAACAGGCAGCCAGCCAGGCUCGAAGUGCCAUGCAGAUAGCUGCCCACCCUUCUGCCCAGUCUCAAGACCGGCCCACUGCGACAGUUUCACCUCUACGUACCCAAAGCUCUCCAUCCCGCCUGCCAGCUACAGGGAUCAGGCCGCACACCGUUGUAUCUCCACAGCACCUCCAUCAAUCCCCAAUUCAGGUCGUCUCUGGAGCCCAGUGCCCCAGGCCUGUCAUCCCUCUCACUUCAGCAGCCUCGGCCAUCACUCCUCCCAAUGUCAGUGCGGCCAACCUGAAUGGAGACAUGGGCAGUGGGCCCAUUAGUGGCUUAAUGACUUCCAGCCCAACCAACACAGCCUGCAAAACAGAGGAGAAAAAGAAUGAAAAGAAAGAGAAGAAAAGUGGGCUGUUGAAACUUCUAGCAGGAGCAUCUACCAAAAAGAAGUCCCGCUCACCCCCAUCUGUGUCCCCAACUCAUGACCCCCAGGCAGCAGCUGCUGAGGGAGCUCUCCAGGGUGCUGUGGGACCUGAAGUGUCACUGCUGUCCAGCCAUGGAAGGGCUGGCUCCUGCCCAAUCGAGAGUGAGAUGCAGGGAGCCAUAGGGAUGGAACCACUGCACCGGAAGACCGGCUCCUUGGAUCUGAACUUCUCCAUCUCAUCCCCGAUCAGGCAGCCUCCUCCUUCAAUGGCGGCCAUCCGUCCAGAACCCAAGCCAUUGCCCCGAGAAAGGUACCGAGUUGUGGUCUCCUACCCUCCUCAGAGCGAGGCUGAGAUUGAGCUGAAAGAAGGAGACAUUGUGUUUGUGCACAAGAAGAGAGAGGAUGGCUGGUACAAAGGCACACUGCAGAGGAACGGGAGGACGGGCCUCUUCCCUGGAAGCUUUGUUGAAAGUUUCUGAUGAGGACUUGCUGGCGCGUUCUCCCCCUAGCAUCCACCACCGUUCUCCAAACCAAAAGACCUUCCAGAGGAAAUUUCCAUAGCACAAGAAAAGAAAACAAAGGGAAGGCUUCACUGUUCUCCACUGUCACCAUCUCUUCCAAAGACACUCCCAGGCCUUUCUGCUCCCAAGGCCCAGGGCUGCAUUGCUGUGUUUCUGUAACCAGAGGGAUGCUGUGGACCUGGAGGUGGGGAAGGGGCCAGGGCUAGACACUAACCAAGAGAACACAGCUUUGGAUUGUAUCUCAACUUAAAUGCCAACUCCCUUUGUGUAAAUUAUAGAGAGAAAAUAUCUUUUAAAGAGAAAAUAAGAAGAAAGUUGAUUUAUUGCUGUAACUUAUUUUGUCUGAGCUGCAGUGCUCUUGUUUCCUGCCUAUGCAAGAUGGAUUUGAGAGGUCCAGGAGGGCUGCUGGGAAGCAUUGAAAACAGGCCACAUUGGUUUGAUGCUUCUUUGGGGAAGAAGUGACAGGAGGUGGAGAAGCAUUUAGGGAGAAUUCCCCUUCAGGCAUUGCCCUAGAGGAUCCAAUGGGGAAUCCAAAUUGUUACAGUCACCCUUUCUAUAUACCUCAGUAAUCUGCUGCCUAAUCAUUUCAGCAAGGGUGCUCAGAGAAGGGGAGAUGUUUUUCAUCUGGAGAGGGGAAGGGGAGGAGAAUUGCAGAACUGCCUUGGGCAGGGCCUCCCCAAAGCUAGAGAUCCCCCAUGUGGCUUUAGGUUGUUGGGGGGGGGGGCGGGGGGGCGGGGAAUCCUUUUCUGUGUGUCUCCUCUCAGUAGUAUAUGCAGCAAUUUUUGUUUUUACCCUCCAGUAUCACCUUUUUUUCUUAUGACAUACCUUUUUAUGUAAAAGCUAUUAGACUUUAUAUAUUUCUAAUAGGUCAUACAUUUCCUAUUUUUUCAUACAUCUGGUGCUGCCUUUUGGUAAAACUAUGAAUGACUUGGUUUUGCUUAAAAGAGAGAAUGUCAGUGGAGAGAAAGAACGAGAGGGAAAAAGAGAGAGAGAGAUCAAACAUGUAGAUGUUUUUAUAUUUACCAUAUGAACUUUGGAGCAUACCAAGAAGUCCAUGCCCUGUAGAUCAAAACCUUGGCUGAUGUUUCAUGGAGUAAGUGAGAGAAUCCAUUUGGGUGGUAGGGGGAGAGGACUUGAAAAAAGCCAAUUUCCUUAAACCCUUACUAAAACCCCAUGCUCUGUCUAGACAGUGACAAUUAUUCAAGAAUUGGGAGCAUUUCCAGGAGAAGGGAACCAUUUUAACUGACUUUUACGUGGCAAUAAAAAGAACACUGCAGGUCCACACUGGCCCAAGAUGGUGGAAUUUUCCUCUCACUCCAUCAGAGGGAAACGUCAAUGGCUGUAAUUAGCAUUCUCCAAAUGUGGUUUCUUACUGUUAAAAAUGUAGUUUUCAACCAUUGUGCAGAUUCACAGCUUGGUUAAAAUUUCAUUGGAAAUGAACAAUAUCAUUCUCUACUAGGCGGUUCAGACUUCCAUCUACCAGGGACUAAAAGGUGCAAUAAAGGCAAGCAAGUAGAUUCAAUUUUGUGUCACAAACAUGGAAAAGAAAAUCUAAUAGUGUUGCUCUGCAGGACUCGGGGGCAGGGGGUGGGGGAAGGGAUGGAAGAAGAGGAAGAUGACAGGAGGCUUUGACUGCAUUAGGUCUUAAAAACAAGUGGCUUUUAAGAGAAUAAUAGUUAUGAAGAAAUACUUGAUUUUCUGUAUAUCACAGAAGCACUGGUUAUAUAGAUCAGCCAUUUGAGACCACCUGAGUGGUCACAUCUAGAAAGUGGUCUUGUUCUAAAGAGAUUUGUUUCCCAAAUGAUAUGUUUUCAUCUAUAGAAGGGUAAAAAUCCAUAUGUUCCCCAUCCUUAAAAACAAACACUCUGACUUAGGUUGAACUGCAUAAAUUUGUCCUUAGGAACGUAGGGUUUCCUUGGCUUUCAUGGAUGUGACAAACAAAUUCCAGACAGUCAGCCUCCCGCCAGACAUGGUGCCUUUGAAAUACUGAGCUGUUAUUUUCAGAUCUCAUAUUUUUGGAUGGUUCAGUGGCUAUUUAUUACUGUUGGGUGGUAACCAACACCAAAAGGAUCCUGUUAUUGUCAGGAGGAAAAGGACUUCUUUCCCUCUUUCCAGCUGAUAGCAGACUUAAAAAAUUUUUUCCUUUAAAAAAAAAAAGGGGGGGGAGCACUGGUCUAAAAAUAGAGAGCACUGUCUGUGGAAUUGAUCAAAACCAGCACAUCUCCAUCAGGGAUGAUAAAUUAGUUGACUAGCAAGCAAAAAUUGCCAAAAAGGCAUAUGUGUGUAUAUAAAAAUCAUAUCACUAUACAAAAUGUGUAUUGAUUGAUAGAGACACCCAAAUGAUAAACACAGGCAACUCUCCUCUCUAGUGAAAGCUCAGAUAAUCAAUAUCUUCAGAUAAUUCAAAAACCUUACUUUCACCCUUCUCAAAUAUUCUAUGAGAAGAGUGGCUAACAAGUAAAGGAAGAAUCUAGUGUGAGUUUCAUUUUCUCUCUCUGCUCCUGCUCACAUGAUGCUAAAAAAAAAAAAACAGAAAUAUGGCCAUAAGACUCCAAGCCAGAAAAGAAACCUGGAUGAUUUACAUAAUGGAUACUCAACUGGUCCAUGAAAUAACAAUUAAGAGAGAUGUUUAUGCCCAACACCAUCAAAUGAGAUACUUUAUUGGGUAGGGAGGAAGGAAAGGAAGAGGACAAUGACAAUUGAUUGCUAUGUUAAUUUUUUUAAACGAAGAAAGAAGAUAAUUUUGGUCCCUUGCAGAACUCGUAGUAGUCAACCUCACCUCCAAGAGUCUGAGACUGCAAACUCUAGAAGGCUCUUAAUCUCACGGGACCAAAGCCAGAGCAUUUGGGGAAGAAGGAAAUACACAACCAGCAUCAGUGUUUUACUUACAAUCAGUGUUUUGAGCACAUUUGUGGCAGUUCUAGUUAAUGGCAACUUAAACCACAAAAACAAAACAAAACAAAAAAUUUUUAAAAAACAGGAGAAAAGUGUCACCUUUUGGGGGGUGGGGGGAGUGGGGGUUACCUUGCCUUGAAGAAUCUGUAAUGGUAUGUCUUGGUGUUUGAUAUAUUGAACCCGUACACCUUAUUUGAAGCCCUUGUUUCUGGUUUGACUGAAUGGUUCAUUUGUUUUAACUGUUGAGUAAUUUUUCGUUGUUGUUGCCGUUGUUGGCCAAACUGAUACCAUUUGAGCAGCAGCAGAGUCUGGAAUGUAUAACCAACCAGCAAAUGAUGUAAAUGGAGUCCCGGGCUGCCAAGGACAUCCUGCACCUCCAGCAGGGAUGAGCUGCACCCUAGGCCCAUUGAGUAAAGUGAAUGCAAGAAAAGGAAGAUAUGCAAAGUAGAAAAUGUGCAUGCACUUCCUACCUUCAAAGCAAAAAGCAUUCUUCUGGCAAACAUCAACGUCAUUUUUUAAAAUGCCAAGUUUGCGCUACUCCAAAUGGUCUCAGCUAACUGACUCUGAACAAAUUCCUUUGUACUUUGCACAGCUCAGAAAACGUUUUUUUGUUAUACCCGAGUGUCAGCGUGUGAUUUAAGAAACAUUGACAGUGAUGGUUACAAAUGAACUAUGAUGACUGUGUUCUGAGUCUUUAAAUAAAAACAAAUAUGGAAAAA